AUGCUUCGCCCUAUAACCCUACGUAUACCUCUGCGAACUCCGUGUUCAAAACGCGCCUUCUCCCUCCUCAAUCCAACCCACCGCUCCCAUACAAACCGCAUCUUCGACCCCGUCCGUCAACCCAACGACCUCCACACCCUCACCCUUCUCAACGCCGCGGACAACCGCUCUCUCAUCACUUUAUGGAGCGCAUCGUGGUGCCAGACUUGUCAGACUGUUAAACCGCUUAUUCGGCAGUUGAUUGAAGAGGAGAAGAUUGGUGAGAGGGAGGGGGGUUUAGGGUUUGUGGAGGUGUUGUUGGAUUCAACGCUCAUUGGAGAUUUGGGGGUGCAAUUUAGGAUAUCGAGUAUGCCCACGCUCCUUGCUUUUAGUCGGCAGGAAGCGCAGUUUGAUACUCGACUCACGAAGCCGGAAGAUAUGCGGAAUAAGGAAUUUUUGAGGGAAUGGCUUUUGACUGAGGCGCGGAGGGGAGGGCGCAAAGGUGGUGGU